UAAUCAUCCCAUGUUUGACAAAGCGAGAUCAGUAUACGCAAACAAUUUAAAAGCUCAAGAUUAUCAUCGAUUCCAUCGAGAAAAAGGUUCUGAGAUUAACCAACGAUUACAUGUGUCUAAAGCCAUAAAACUUGUGGCUGAAAAUUUUAAAAGCUCCUACAUUGCCCUUGUGGCUUUAUGUGACGGGAAAUGGAAAGAAAUGUUAACAGUUAUAUAA